AGGCACAGCAGCUCUCUGGGUCUCGGGAGCUCUCUUAUCUCAUGGGCUUGGAGGUUACUUUACAGCAGAAAUGCAGCCGGCUUUUCUGGAGCCUCCCCUCACUGCAUAGUGAGUCCUUCGUGGCAACUGCCUGGGUCUCAAGUAAACCUGCCUCGUGCAGCUCUACUUAAGUUAAAAUCAACAAACAAUCUGACACACUUUGAGCUCAAAUGGAGGGUGAUAUUCCUUCUCAACUUCCUCAGGCCCAGCCCUUGCCUCAUGCUGCUCCUCUUCCCCAUUGUGGCUCAAAACGUGCCUCCACUUGUGGCUCAGUUCAAGUCCCAGGACUCUCUCCCCAGUUCUGUCCCAACCCUACCAUGCUCUUCUCACACUAUGGACUGUAGAACAUCUCAGCCUGCAACCCAGAAACAGGCACACUUUUUGAUCGUCACUGGAGAGCAACAGCAGGAACAGUCCUUGCAGAAUCCACAAAAAUGGAAGUCUGUAAACACUGAACUCAGAAAACCUCAGGCAUCGUUUGGCCAAGCCACUCCCAGCCUUUCCCAGGACAGCGGGGCCUCUGAGACCCACCAGUCAGUCCCUACCCUUCCUGGGGAUUCCAUCAGCCCUGAGGUCCAAGGGCAGCAGCAGAGACAUACUCAGCAGAGACUUAUCAAGUUCAGAUACCCUGAGAGUCCUCCCUGGGAAUUUCAGGAACAGAUGCAGCCUCAGGGCAAAUUCCCAGAGGAGUAUCCAUCUAGGACAAGGGACAGGGCUGAGCACUCCCAGCCCUCUCUGGUCAUGGGUAAAAGCAGCAAGGUUGUGAGGAAGGUGAGGGGACGGCCCUAUAUAAGAUUCUGUGAGGUCCCAGCAGAGGUCAAGCGAGAGAAGAGCCCAGACGAGGACCCAGGGCAAAAUCUGAAGAGGAGCCCAGGAGAUCUACCCAGAGGUUCGAGACUCUCAUCUCAGGAAGUUCUGCAGGACGCUCAGGGGGAGACAGAAAGGCCCACCACGAGGCCCUGGAAGUGUGAUUCAGACAGUUUCCUAUUCAGCAGCCCAGAUGAGAAUCAUUUCCAGAAAACACUGAAAGCCCACCUGGGCAAUAAGCUGGGGAAGGUCACUGAGGACAGGGUUCCCGUGAGUAUACGUCAAUCCUGGCUGGCAGCCAGCCAUGCUGCACCCAGGCCUGACACCUGUCUGAGCCCCAGGUAUGUGGCAUCCCGGGAGGGCCCGGGCUCCUAUGUGAACACCUCGCAGGAGCUACGCUUCCUGCCUCAGAGCACUUGGCAGAGGCUGGAGACCCGCCUGGCAAGGGGUCGAGUGAGGCCCAGGUGGGGUCCACAACUCCAGACCCUCAAGCUCAGAUGUGUCCAGUUAGGGGAGCCCCAGCCCUUACAUCUCUCAUGGUCAACUAUCCCCUUCUCAGUCAACUGUGGAUCUGGGACCAGCCUGAGAACUAAGGUGGCCGCACUCCUGGAAGACGCACCUCAGAAAGCUCCAGGACAGGAGGGGCUAACAAAGUCCAUCCCUACUGUGCAGACGCCUCUCUCUACUCCCUCACCUGCAUUUAAUAAAGUCCAAGGGACCCUGAGAAGGACUCCAGCAAGCAGCACCGGACAGUGGGCCAGGUGGUCCUCCCAGCCCCUCACAGGCAGCCUCAAGGGAAGAACUGAGCAAAGAGAGAGUGAUCACAGGGACUGGGAGAAGUGGUUCAGAACCAUGUCCAAGUCCAGCACCAGCCAGGAGUGGGCCACAGGAACAGAGAGGGAGUGA